CUGAAUGCAGAAAUCAACCCUGUCCACAUGUCUCUAAUAUCCAGGUUGCACUAUUUAUUUAGGCCUCAAUGCUUCUCACUUUUUAAAGUCUGUUCACAUACACAAGUGAGUGAGUGCACAUGAAUGGCUGGUUCUUAUUUGUCAUAAUUAUUCAGUUUAUUCCCACUGAAAUAAAGCAGCAUUGUUCCCAACAAACAAAAAACAAAAAAAAAACAAAAAUGAAAGCAGGCGUUCUUGUGUGUUAUUUGUUGCCCUCCUGCAGUAUUGAUAAUGAGGAUUUAUUAUGGCACAGUUGACAAUGAAUGCAAUGUGCAUGCGUUAGUGGGAGGGAUUAUCCACCAAGUAGGGCAAGUGGCUGAGGCUAAGGACUGCAAUUCCAUCGAGCCUAGUUCAUUUUAGUCAUCGGCUCAGUGCACAGACGGGACAAGGAGAACAAUUUCCAGCACUGCUUAUUUUGUCAAAGCCCCCCCUCCCCUUUAAAAAAAAGAAAAGAAAAAAGAAAAAGUGACAAAAUGGUAAAGUACAUGCGACAGCACAGCGAGCUGAAACAAGAAGAGGUCCCGUCGGAGUCUGAUGCGUCCAUGGACCAGCAGGAUUUCGGAGAGAUGUCCGACUAUUCUUUCAGCGACGUUUUAUACUCCAAAUGUUCCGCAAUGGACCAAAUCGGCACUUUUAUGAAGAACGUGCAAGUGCUGCUCGAUGCGGCAAAUUACAUAGAAAAUAUCGAGAAGAACAGCGGAAAAUGUGAGCAUGGUUAUGCUUCAUCAUAUCCUGCAACUCAGACCGCACAUCAACAGAAACAGCGUAAAUUCAAGAACAGAAAAUUGGACAAUAUUCACAAUAGGUCGGCACACAACGAACUGGAAAAGAAUAGACGAGCACAUCUCCGCCUGUGUUUGGAGAGGUUGAAAUCCCUCAUCCCUCUGGGACCAGACUGCAGUCGGCACACCACACUGGGACUGCUCAACAAGGCCAAAGCACAUAUCAAGAAACUUGAAGAGGUGGACCGGAGGAGUCAGCACCAGCUGGAGACUUUAGAGAGGGAGCAGAGGCAUCUGCAGAGACAGCUAGCCCAGCUGCAGACUCAUGGAGAGAGGGAGAGAGUCCGUACAGACAGCCUGGGCUCCCGCAUGGACUCUGAUCGCUCAGAGUCUGAUAGAGAAGAGAUUGAAGUCGAUGUGGAAAGCACUGAGUUCUCCCAUGGAGAAAUGGACAGUGUAAGCACCAGUGGUGCAAGUGACCUGGAUGACCACAGCAGCCUGCAGAGCUCAGCCAGUGAUGAGGGCUACUCCACUUGCAGUCUAAAACUGGCCUUCUCUGCUUAAAAACAAAAACAAACAAACACCAGCCUAUACUUUCACUUCAGCUGCAGUCUUUUAUGGCUUUCACCUUUCAAAGUACCAGCCUACAGCUCCAUUCUCCCCACGCAGUUUAUGUUACCCGUCUUCAGAAGAAGAACCAGCCUCAAUUCUACCUUUACCCGACAAAUGAAACGUCUCCUCCACCCCCGAGAACCAGCCUUAAGUUCAACUCAGUCCAAAAGUUUAAAAAGUCUCCAACCAAAAAGGGGCUCCUCUACAUCAGUCUGAAACAUUUUACACAACAGCCUCAAAAUGUAACUUCUCUGGCAAUAUCCCUGAAUAUCCCAUAACCAAUUACCAGCUUGCAUCAACCAUACAGUACCUGAACUCAAUACUGACCCCGUAGAGGACCCAUGAUCGCAUCAGUGUCCAACACUGAAGGGGGAAACUCUACCUUUAGUCAAGUUGAUCCUCUGAAACCAGCAAAAACACGAACAAACCCAAUACCAGCUAGAAGCUCACCAUUGGGAACGUUUGCUCCAUUUGCCUUGUAAAAACAUUGCCCUUUUUUCUUUGGAUAAUAUAUAUCCAGGCGGCACUUCUUGUCAGCGUACAAGCCAGUGGCAAGGGCUACAAUGUCUGCAUUCCAAAAUGUUUAUUACACUUCUUUAACCUCUGCUUUAGGACCCACAACCAUCAUUGAUCCACGUGGCGUCCCCUCCUCUUGACUGAAAUACAGUCGUAUCCAAACAGGUGGUGUAGUCCACCCUUGUUAAUUUAUUUUGCAUAUGAUUAUAGUAUUUAUUUUUGGUAUAUUUAAUUUUACUGUAGCUAGGUCUUGGUCAUGCUUGAAUGAAAAGAAAAAACAAACAAAAAAAUGCCUGCUGUUAAACUUUUGUUUUUUUUUAAUGUUUACCAAGUUACUUGACAUGAAAUGAAUCCCCACUGAAGCACACACGGUGCUACAGGUUUAACGCGUAACACAACGGCGGUGGUGUGUUGAAAGAACGACACAUCUCUUUCACACCAUGUGUGCAAGUUCAGUUUUAUUUAGACAGUAAUAAGCUAUCCCGCACUUGUCCAAGCACAAGGCUCAAGCAAUAACGCGUCUAGUUUUAUCAUAUCUUUUUUAAUGUUGGCUGAGUUUAGCACAUCAUUUUGUCCGUCCAACACCAAAUUGCAGUUUGAUAGUUUUACACUUCCUCCAGUAGCGGUAUCAGUUAAUAAUCAGCAGUAAAAAUGAUUGUAAUUGAUCUAAAAAAAAAUGAAAAAAGCUAUGGUGCAUGUGUGUUGAAUGUAGCUUGUCUAAUCAUGUUGUAAUGUGCUUUGGAUUGACAAGUCUUAAAUGUCUGUAGCAUGAACAUAAACACUACAGAAAAAAACUAAUUUUGGUUUAUACCUAAAUGUUUAAUACUCCUUUUUGUAUUGUAGCAGGAAAAAAGAAACAAAUCCUUGAAAUUUGGAGACUUCCCAUUAAUAAUUCAAUGUAUAUUUGACACAGAUAAUUGCACUGCUGACCUGUUUGAGUCCAUGAAACCAAAUAAGACAUUUUAAUAAGACCAUUUAUCUGCAUUUUUCUGGUCCAAGUCCUAAAUAGAUCACCACCAAAUUGUGUCUUAACAUGGGUAUAUGACUCUUGCACAAAGUUCCUUGUUACAGGUCUUUUUCCCCCCCAGGCCCAUUUGGGAAACUAUAAAAUGCACUAUGAAAAAGACUUUUGUUAAGGAAGUACAUCAAAGCACACCCCAGAAUGUUUUCUCUCGUGCUUAAUCAGCCAUCCAAGGUGACUUUUUGCAAAACGUGCUGCUGGUCCCCUGCUAAUACUUUCUAACAGUCCCUGAUAACUGUCCCAGGAAUCUUAAUAAACCUUUACCACCCG